AUGAAGGCGUUCCUGAAUGUCGCUUGGGACAAAACUAACCCAAGCUCCAAGAAGGUUUAUCUUGACGUUCUGAACGGGAGGAGUGAUCCGAAAGCCUUUAUCGAGGUUGCAACAACACAAGAAUGUGAACUGUCCAGCGUUGCGCCACUGCUGUCACCUAAACUUCGAACGACGCAAGCGUUGUUUAGCCACCUCAACGCGACGAGUGAUCGCAGAAAGGAACUGGCUGAAUUCAUGACACAGAACGGUUACUCUUCCCUUUCGCCCGAGGAACUGAGGUCUCGAAUGGAUCGCUAUGGAGCCCAAUGGCUUGAAACAACCGGUGCUGUACUUGCGCGAGGGUUGCCAUUCUAUAGGAUGACGUAUGUGUAA